AUGGAGGAGGCGCCGGUGCUGCUGCUGCUGCUGCUGCUGGGGGCGCGGGGGGCGCCGCUGGAGGAGGCGUCGGGGGGCGUCGCGCUGGGCGGCGGCGGCGGGGGCUUCGGCUGGCGCAACCUCAGCUGCCCGGCCUGCAAGGUCAUCUUCACCGCCCUCGACGCCGGCAUGGAGCUGGAGAGCAGCCUGUCCCGCAUCCAGCAGCUGUCUGUGAGUGUGUGCAUGUACCUGCACUUGGCCCGCCCGGAGGUGUGCGAGGAGAUCAUCCAGCUCUUUGAGCCCGACAUGCUGACCGCCUGGGCCCACUCCAUCCUGCGCCCAUCCGAGAUCUGCGGGCUGCUGGUGGGCUCCCACUGUGGCCACUGGGACAUCUACUCCGACUGGAACGUCACGCUGCCCGACACGCCCAAGCCCCCCGUGCGCCCCCCGGUGCCCCCACGGCCUGGCGCCCCCACGGCCCGGGUGCUCUUCCUCACGGACCUGCACUGGGACCAGGGCUACCUGCCCGGCAGCGACCCAGCCUGCAAGGACCCCUUGUGCUGCCGGGGGGGGCAGCCCCGAGGGGAGGGGGCCGGCUACUGGGGCACCUACAGCAAGUGUGACCUGCCGCUCCACACCCUGGAGAACCUGCUGCAGCACCUGGCUGCCUCCGGGCCCUACGACGUGGCCUACUGGACGGGAGACAUCCCGGCCCACAACGUGUGGGAGCAGAGCCGGGCGCAGCAGCUGCACGCCCUGUGGACAGUGACAGGCCUCAUCCAGAAGUACCUGGGGCCCCUGCCCGUCUACCCUGCCGUGGGCAACCACGAGGCUGUGCCCGUGAACGCCUUCCCUCCCCCCUCGGUGGCUGGCAACCAGUCCUCGGCCUGGCUGUAUGAUGCCAUGGCCGAGGCUUGGCAUCAGUGGCUGCCCCCAGAGGCUCUGGCAACGCUAAGGGUGGGGGGCUUCUACACCCUCCGGGUCUGGCCGGGCCUCCGCCUCGUCUCGCUCAACAUGAACUUCUGCUCCGAGACCAACUUCUGGCUUCUGAUCAACUCCACGGACCCAGCGGGGCAGCUGCAGUGGCUGGUGGAGCUCUUGCUGGAGGCCGAGGAGAGCGGGGAGAAGGUCCACAUCAUCGGACACAUCCCCCCCUCUCACUGCAUGCGCAGCUGGAGCUGGAACUAUUACCACAUCAUCAACAGGUUUGAGGGCACGGUGGCCGGGCAGUUCUUUGGCCACACCCACAUCGAUGAAUUCCAGCUCUUCUACGACGAGGAGACCCUCAGCCGGCCGCUGGGCGUGGCCUUCGUGGCCCCCAGCGUCACCACCUACAUCAGCCUGAACCCAGGGUACCGGGUCUACCUGCUGGACGGGGCCUAUCCGGGCAGCUCCCACAUGGUGCUGGACCACGAGACCUUCAUCCUGAACUUGACAGAGGCCAACACCCCUGGGGCAGUGCCCCGCUGGCAGCGCCUCUACGGGGCCCGGGAGACCUACGGCUUCUCCACCGCCUUCCCCGCCGACUGGGAUCAGCUGGUGCGCCGCUUCCAGGUGGACGAGGGCCUCUUCCAGCGCUUCUGGCACCUGAUGUACAAGGGCCACCCGCCCCGCCAGCCGUGCCACCAGGCCUGCAAGACGGCCCUCUUGUGCGCCCUCCGCACCGGCCGCGCAGGCGACCCAGACCUCUGCCGGCCCCUGAGCCGCGGACUGCCCUUCCACGAAAUCCAGGCCCGGUGGCGACAGCGGCGGCUCUGUUGAGGACGGGAAACGGCUGGGCCUCCUCCGAGGAGCAGGGGACGGGGGAGCGUGCCUGCCGGGGGGAGGCAACGGGGGGGCCUGCGGAGGAGGGAGCCUGCCCCCCCACCCCACGCUGGUUUCCUUGCUUUCCGGCAGCUGGCAAGGCACAGGACGGGGCCGUUGCCUCCGGAGGAAGGGACUUUCCCCAAACCAGACCAAGGUGGAGCUGUAUUUCCCCCCCCCCCCCUUUUUGGAAGACCCAGUUGGGAAGGAGGGAAAGAGGGGUUUUGCCCCCCCCCCUUUCUCCUGCUUUGCCCUGGGAAGGGUCUGGGUGGCCCCCCUCCUGCCCCAAACUCCCUGUUCAGCUCUGCAGCCACCCGGGGGGGGGACUGGAUGGGUCUGGGGGCCUCAGGACUUGCUGCAGCAGGAACCCAAGCCCUGGGGGAGGGGCCGCCUGUGGGUGCCUUGCCCCCCCUCCACUGCUCCUGCCUUGUGGGGGCUCUCCUGGCUCUGUGUGUCUUCUGGGACCCCGUGACCACAGGUGGCUGCAUCCAAUGAAGGUGUUUCACCUGACACAGCCCCCCCCCCCCCCCAGGCAGCGUGUGUGGGAGGGCCCGGAUCCGCAGUCUUUGCACAUGUACAGGGAUUGGCUGCUGCGUGCGUUGGCCAGAGCAAUGCCUUUGUAUUUAUUUAAUAAACCAACUUCUCCAAA